AUUUAUCGUUGGAGGAAGAGAAAGGGGAGAAUCAGGUUACAAGAUGGCGGGCGUGUGAUUUGCGAGCGAAGCGGAGGAGGCGGCACAGCAUAGCCAGGAGGGGGAGGAGGGCAACUAGAAGGGUCAGGAAACGAUCGGACCCAUCCUCCGGUGGAACUUCUCCCUCCAGCCGCUGGAUAACGGCAAAGGAUGAGCUGCAGAGGGGGCUUUCCGGGAAUAUAACGCCUGAGACCACAAGCAGCCGCGGGUGAAGUAAAACGGGAGUCAACCACCAGCGGUGCCCGGCAGCAGCCUCAUCAUGUCGGACACCAGACGGCGCGUGAAGGUUUACACUCUAAACGAGGACCGCCAAUGGGACGACAGGGGCACCGGGCACGUUUCCUCCACCUACGUGGAACGGUUGAAGGGAAUGUCCCUGUUGGUGCGGGCUGAGUCAGACGGUUCCCUGCUUUUAGAAUCUAAAAUAAACCCAAAUACUGCAUAUCAGAAACAGCAGGAUACCCUGAUUGUUUGGUCCGAAGCAGAAAACUAUGACUUGGCUCUAAGCUUUCAAGAAAAGGCUGGCUGUGAUGAGAUCUGGGAAAAAAUCUGCCAGGUUCAAGGGAAGGAUCCAUCUGUGGAAGUUACACAAGAUCCUAUUGAUGAGUCAGAAGAAGAACGCUUUGAGGAGAUGCCUGAAACUAGUAACUUAAUCGAUCUUCCUACUUGUGAACUCGAUAAACUCGAAGAGAUUGCUGACCUAGUUACCUCUGUUCUCUCGUCACCCAUCCGUAGAGAAAAGCUAGCUCUAGCCUUGGAAAAUGAGGGUUACAUCAAAAAACUAUUGCAACUCUUCCAAACCUGUGAGAAUUUGGACAAUGCUGAAGGCUUACAUCAUUUAUAUGAAAUUAUAAGAGGAAUUUUAUUUCUCAAUAAAGCAACUCUGUUUGAGGUGAUGUUUUCGGACGAGUGUAUUAUGGAUGUUGUGGGGUGUCUAGAGUAUGAUCCAGCCUUGGCUCAGCCAAAAAGACACCGGGAAUUUUUGACCAAAACUGCAAAGUUUAAGGAAGUAAUCCCCAUAACAGACUCUGAACUUAGGCAAAAAAUCCAUCAAACGUACAGGGUGCAGUACAUUCAGGAUGUCAUCUUGCCUACCCCUUCAGUCUUUGAAGAAAAUUUUCUUUCUACUCUAACUUCGUUCAUUUUUUUCAACAAAGUGGAGAUUGUCAGCAUGUUGCAAGAAGAUGAAAAGUUUUUAUCUGAAGUUUUUGCACAAUUAACAGAUGAAGCUACAGAUGAUGACAAGAGACGAGAACUGGUGAACUUUUUUAAGGAGUUCUGUGCGUUUUCUCAGACAUUACAGCCACAGAAUAGAGAUGCAUUUUUCAAAACUUUGGCAAACCUAGGAAUUCUUCCUGCCCUGGAAAUUGUGAUGGGCAUGGAUGACUUGCAGGUCAGGUCGGCUGCCACAGAUAUAUUUUCUUAUCUGGUAGAAUUUAGUCCUUCUAUGGUUCGUGAGUUUGUAAUGCAAGAAGCUCAGCAGAGUGAUGAUGACAUUCUUCUUAUUAAUGUUGUCAUUGAGCAAAUGAUCUGUGACACAGACCCUGAACUUGGUGGUGCAGUUCAGCUAAUGGGACUUCUACGGACACUGAUUGACCCAGAAAAUAUGUUGGCGACUGCUAAUAAAACAGAGAAGAGUGAGUUCUUAAACUUCUUUUACAAUCAUUGCAUGCACGUCCUCACUGCUCCACUCUUGGCUAACACUUCCGAGGAUAAACUGGAAAAAGGUACAGUUGGAUCCACCAAGUCUACCACUAUAUGUCCUGAUAAUUACCAGACAGCCCAGUUGCUUGCCUUAAUUUUGGAGUUGCUCACAUUUUGUGUGGAACAUCAUACCUAUCACAUCAAAAACUACAUAAUGAACAAGGAUUUGCUAAGAAGAGUGUUAAUCCUUAUGAACUCAAAGCAUACUUUUUUGGCUCUUUGUGCUUUACGUUUCAUGAGGCGAAUAAUAGGUUUGAAAGAUGAAUUUUAUAACCGUUAUAUCAUAAAAGGAAACCUUUUUGAGCCAGUUAUUAAUGCCCUUCUGGACAACGGCACCAGAUAUAACCUGUUAAAUUCUGCAAUAAUUGAGCUUUUUGAAUUUAUUAGAGUGGAGGAUAUAAAAUCUCUUACAUCACACAUAGUAGAAAACUUUUAUAAAGCACUUGAAUCCAUUGAAUAUGUUCAAACAUUUAAAGGGUUGAAGACUAAAUAUGAACAAGAGAAAGAUCGGCAAAGUCAAAAAUUGACCAGUGUACCAUCAAUAUUGCGAAGCAAUAGAUUUCGUAGAGAUGCACGAGCGUUAGACGAUGAUGAGGAACUGUGGUUUAAUGAAGAGGAGGAAGAGGAAGAAGUAGUUGUACCUCCUAUUGAAAAAUCUAAGACUGACGAUGACUUUCCUGACAGCUAUGAAAAAUUUAUUGAAACAAAAAAAGGUACCUGGUUUUCUUUCAAUGCAAAAAACAAUUCAUGUUGCAAUAGUUUAAUGAAACAUCUUUUCUUUUAAUGUGUGUGUGCUACA